GACACACAAAAAAAUGGUCUGAACACGAUUAGACUAGAAAUAUUGGAUUGGUCAAUGUUUUAUCACGUGACAUUCGCGGCGCGUUGAUGCAAAUUUCGGCAUCGCAUUCCCAUGUCCCCCACGGAGUCUUUUUUUAACGUUACUUAUUACAGCUUAACUUGUUACUUACUUGGAAGUUUACAAACAAAUUUUUGAAUGGAAUUCAAUUAAAUAUUUUUCCAUUCAAAAAUGCCACGGCCUUUACAAAGUGAAAGACAGAAUGCGACGCCCGCUAGUACCAGUAAACGGAAAAAAGAUACACCUCGCAAGCGGCAAGGGGCAACUUUUGGAACACCAGCUGGAGCUGCACGACCAGCGGGGAGUGGCGGGCGGGAGUUGGGACACACACCGGUGUCAUCAGGAAAGAGACAUGGAACAAGACGGUUUAGACCAGGGACUCGAGCUCUGAUGGAAAUCAGAAAAUAUCAAAAGACUACUCAUCUCCUGCUCAGGAAGCUUCCCUUUGCUCGAGUGGUAAAGGAAAUUUGUCAGAUCUUAAACCCAUCCUCAGAACUUCGCUGGCAAGCUGCGGGAAUUAUGGCAUUACAAGAGGCAGCAGAAGCGUUCCUUGUCCAUCUCUUUGAAGACUCGAACCUUUGUGCUAUCCACGCCAAGCGAGUCACCGUCAUGCCAAAGGACAUGCAGCUUGCUCGACGGAUACGCGGGAGAACAGACGGACUUGGGUAGUAGGAAUCUUGAUUGUACAAUAUUAUUGACGUUGAUGGACAGUGAUCCUCUUUUAAACCUGUUGCUUCAUCAAGUUCCAAUGGCCAUCGAACAUUGGUCUUAUAGGCCUGUAUUCUGAAGUCUGGUUGUUGAAAGGUCAUGGUUUAACAUUGUAGGAAGCUGUCAUGUUUAUAUUUUAUGAUUCUUGUGUUUACUGUGCUCUGUCGCAUGCUUUAAUGGUAUGUUGAUGAUCAUUCCCAGACAUUUAUGAAAUGAAUUUGAGCACGCAAAAGUGUUGAGAAAUUGAUUCUGUACUGUUAGAAGUUUGUUUCAAUAUUGGCUAUCCAUACAAAAACCUCAAAUUAGGACCUGGAGGGUGUUUCAUAAAACUGUUUGUAAAGUUAAGAGCGACUUAAGAACAACUGGUGAUUCUUAUGGUAAAUGAUAUUCACCAUUAAUGUUCAUUGGUGAUUAUUUAGCGCGUAAGAAAGGUUCACCAGUUGUUCUUAAAGUCGCUCUUAACUUACAAACAGCUUUAUGAAACGGUCCCCUGGUUUAGUUUAUUACCCCCAGGUCCAGAAUAUGGGCCUUGGUGUCUUAUAAUUAAAUUCUCUUUGAAAGCAGGAGAGCUUUGAAUGAGAUGAUUUAAAAGAGAUGUGUUUGGAAUAAUUGACUCUCAUGCAAUAUUGAAAGGAGAAGUACAUUCUUGAUAUAGUGAUCAUUAGGAAAAUUAAUUACAAUUUUACAUACUGUAUGUUGAAAAUAGGAAGUUAUGCCCCAUUAUUGACAGGGGGGGGGGGGUUGAAUAUAUCUCUUAACUGGUUGUGCCACUAAACCUGUACUCACUUUUAAGGGUCACAUUGGUGGAAAAUGGUCCCCUUUAUUGGAGGAUUUUUAAUCUAAAAUAAUGUCCUAUUUAUGAUCUUCUGAAUUUUAAAGGGUUAACAUAUCUGGUAUUAAUACCGAAAUGUCAGAAUCAUACUCAUGAUUUAUUCUCGGAUUUUUCUUCUCCAAAAUUCUAUCUACAUGUAUUCGAGCGACACAUUGCACUCCCAUUCACCCUAUUGGGUCAUAAACCUUUCUCUCAUAUUCAUAAGGGGAUACAAAGCACAAUCGCAUUUUGCAUCACUUUUGGUAAAAAAAUCACAGAUGCAGACACUUCAAUACUCUUGGCCUAAUUUAGUGUUUUUUUGGAAUUUCAUAGAAUAAUUCUGGGUAUGAAUCCUGAAUAAGAUGUUGGUGGAAGGUGAGAUGAAAUACCCAGAGAUGGCUCUCUGUUGUGUGUAAUACCAAAUUAGCCAUUGCAAGAAAUUGUGUUUCCUGGAGAUUGACCAGGGGCCCAUCUUACAAAGAGUUGGUAUUGAUCUGAUCAAUCGCAACUAUGGACGGCCAGCAAAGUCAACAUAUAAAAUGCAUGUUUAUUUUUUUUUAAUUCUAGAUAUGAAUGUACAUGUAUAUCCUUAAAUUCAUUGAUUUCUUGACAAUUUGGUGUGAUCUCCGUUGUUUACAAAGGACAUUUUGCAAAUUUUCUUUAGAAAAAAUUAUGACACUGAUGGAUUUCCAUAGAGUUACUAUUGAUUGGAUCAAUCGUAACUCUUUGUAUGAUGGGGCCCAGAUAUACAGUAUUUGUAAGUGAUAUUUUAAGAGAAUUUUAUGACUAGUAUACUGAGUGAUUCAAACGAACCUACAUGUAUAUAAUGAAUUCGUUUUAAAAGAGGAUCACUAUCACUAUUGUAGAUAAAAAUGUAUAUUUUAAUAGUUUGUUAAUACAAUCCUUGUGAAGUUUGAAUAUUGAGGCAAUUUUUGCAUCUCACUUUGUUCUUCCAUUUAGUGUAUUUGAGAGUAAUGUAAUCUUAUCACAGUUAUCUUGUUUCAUCUUCUUUUUUUUUUCAAGUCUAAUCGGCAUUGUCUUUCUAGGCUAUGGGAAUCGUAUUCCAACUGCAGAAGAAACAUUUCAAGAUUGUUGCAAAAAAUAAUUAUAAUUGGCAAUCCUGAAACUAUUAGGCAAAUAACGUAAUUGUUUUUGUAAUUACAAUUUCAAUUGCAAAUUGGAAAGUGAUUGAUGUUUUAUUUUGUCUUCCAGUUUUUAAUAGAAGUUCAACCAAUUUUAUGUGGAUAUAUUUAUGCAUUCAUUGAUGUUUGAUAUUCAAGAAACAAUAUAUUUCAAAAUUUCAGCAACUGAAAUAAUUUUAAGUGUAUUUAAAUAGCCUAUCCAUUUAAAGCAUAGGGCUUGCCUGUUACUAAUGGUACAUACAUGUACAUGGCAAGGACAUAGCCCAAGUGCUGCUCAUCACUGGUGAAAUCAUUAUUCAUUUGUCAUUCAUUUUAUGUACAUGGAUGAUUCAUGAGACAUCCCUUUUCAGGUGAUCAAUUCUUUUUUUUCCACCAGUCAAAUAUCUCUAAAAGUUGAUGUUGCAACCUCAUUGCUUAUUGGCCUAUUUUGGCCAGAGUCUCAUAAAUAUUCAUAGGUUUUCUACAAUUGAAACAAUCUAAUUAUAAAGAAGGGAUGAACAUUUGCAUUGUAAAUACAUGUAGUUUUUUUAAUAUGUAUAAACAGAAUGUAUUGUUUUUAUUGUGCAGAGUCAUCAUUGAUAGCAGUUUGUCAACUGAAGAGGCUACCCUGUUGAAAUAAAAAUGGAAAUAAAUAAAUAAAUAGAAUUUUAAAUAAGCGAAUGUAUACAUUCCACCUAAUGCAUGAAGUCAGUUCUGUCAAAUGUAUGUGGUCUUGGAGGGGGGGGGGGGUAGUUUUUAACAGGUGUGUAAUAUGGCCACUUUAAUUUCCUUCAUACACUUAAUAACAUCUGAUAUUGUUAACCUGAAAAUUGUAGGAACAUACAAGUUAUAGAUUAAAAAUCAUAAUACCAUCUCAAAUUGCAAUACAUAUCUUCAUGUUAUGAUCUGUUCUUGUAAUUGGCCAAUUAUUUUACAUGUACAUAUCUAUCCCGAUAGCAGUGUGACAAACAGGUGCUAUUUCAGUGAAGGUCAUGAGAAGCUGUCUGUGCACAUUGAUUACAUAUUUUAAUUUUUAUUCCUUUGUUACAGUGGAUAGGUAUGAUUGAAUUUUAGUACAUUUUAAGAAUAAUUUUUAAGGAUAGACCCUUCUUGUUGAAAAUUAGCUUGAAUCAAUUUUUUAAAUGGUAUUUCAAGUUUCGAUGAUCAAACUCUGUUGUCUCAUUCUGUGUGUACAUCCAACAAGUCACCCAUGUGCCUUUGAUUCUGGAAGAUUGAUCGCAAGUGUUCAUUAUAUCAGUAUAUUAUAUUAUGGAGUUAUAAAUGAACUCUCUUCAUUUCCUGCAGUCUUCAAGUGCCUUGGAUGAAAACUAAUUAUUAAUUUAUAUUGAUAUUCAUCUUUUUGAUAACGCUAGUUAAAAUUCAAGUUUGAAUUUGUGUGUUUUAUUAGGGCCCUGUUGCAGAAACCUUGCAUUUUAAGUUUUGAAUGCUAAUCAAGAAAUCGUUCGCAUAUGAAUUUUCAGCCAAUCUGAUUUGCAUUUGAACAAUAAUGUUGAAUGUAUCUUUUUAGUGUGACAGGGUCCUAAUCAGACAGGGCAUAGUUAUUUAAAGGGGAAUCCAACCCAAAUAAAAACUUGUUUUCAUAAGGAAAAGAAAAAUCAGACAAGUUGAUAGGUGAAAGUUUGAACAAUAUUGGACAAACAACAAGAAAGUUAUGAAUUUUUAAAAGUUGCAAAUAUUGGUAAUCACUAUACCCAUGGAGACUUCAAAUUGGCCGCAUAUGGGAUGUCAUAGUGAUGUAAGGCAAGGACUACUCUUCCAUGUACUUCAAUACAUAUUAUGGCUAAAAUGUCAUUUUUCCCAAAAGUUUUAUUUCAAAUUAUAUUUUUCUUUCAUGAGGACAUAAAACAAUAUACUACUGGGUUAUAUUUAGAUUACUGCCCCAGGGGAAUGGGUACUUAGGAGAAAACCACAAAUCCCUGAUAAUAAAGUACAUGGCCUAUGGGAAAGUUGUCCUUGCCCCUUGUCAUAAUUACCUUACCCAGUUGCCAAUUUGAAAUCUACAUAGUAUCAGUGAUCUCAAUUUUAAAGCAGCUAUAACUUUCUUAUUGCUUGUCCGAUUUCUUUCAAACUUUCACCAUUCUGAUUAAUCUAUUUUUCUCCUUCCCAACACAACAUUUUAUGGCCAAGGCUGGAUUCCCCUUUAACAAAAUGGCAAGUAAUGAAUACUGCCUGAAAAUGACAAGAGGAAAUAAGUGACAUAUGAAACAAAUUUAGUACUUGAUCAUAAAUUACAUAGCAUGCUCUUUGGGGCACAAAUUUAUGUAUGAUCAUUCAUGUUAAACCAAUGGUUCUCAACCUGCUUUAUCAAUGUUCGUUUGAGCCCCCUUCAAUCUUAUUGAGGUUCAACUCACAGAUUCCGAAUAAGGGAAAAGACAGUGUGCAUUGAGAAAAAUAUUUUCCUCUGUGGCAGAAAAUGCCAUUUUGUGUCACUUGCUUGCUUUUGGCAUUGUUGGGCAGAUUAGUUCAGAUAUGAUAGAAAAUAGUGUGUCUCAAGUACUAUUAAUUAAUUCCAUUGUACUAUCCAUCACAUUCUCUGGGUAUUAAGCCUUGCCAAUAAAUUGACUUGUUUUAAU